AUGGCAUCAUCCGGGGCGUCGAAUACGCCGGUGGAGGACACCAUUCGGGCAAAGAUCACCGAAGCCCUCAAACCUUCUAGACUGGAGAUCUUUAAUGACUCUGCCAACCAUUCUCACCACAAGGCUAUGGUGGGUAGCACUUCCAAGGAGACACAUUUCAGACUAGUUAUCACCUCCGAUGCCUUUAAGUCUAAGAUGCAACCGGCCCGUCAUCGCAUUAUAUACCAGCUUCUAGACGACGAGAUGGCUCGGGAAGGCGGCAUUCACGCGCUACAGCUGCGCACUAUGACCCCUGAGGAGGAGCAGAAGUGGCAGGAGAAACAGCAGCAGUAG